AUGGCGGAGGAGCGGCCCCCCCGGCUGGUGGAUUACUUCGUGAUAGCCGGGCUCCCGGGGGGCGGAGCACCCAUUCCUGAGGACACGUGGGUGCCUGAGGCCAGCGGGCCCCUGCGCCUGUCCCGGCCGGCGGAGCCCAUCACCGACGUGGCAGUCAUCGCCAGGGCGCUGGGCGAGGAGGUGCCCCAGGGCUACACGUGCAUCCAGGCCUCGGUGGGGGGCCACCCCUUGGAGCUCAGCGCUGGGCUCCUGAGUGGAACUCAGCCUGUCAUCUGCUACCGCAGGGGCCGCGACAAGCCGCCCCUCGUGGAGCUAGGGGUGUUAUAUGAGGGGAAGGAGCGUCCCAAGCCCGGCUUCCAAGUCCUAGACACGACACCCUACAGCCACUCUGCCAACCUGGCCCCUCCAGGCCCCGGGCACCCCCGCACCUACCUCACUUACCGGCGGGCAGCGGAGGGGGCAGGGCUGCAUGCCUUGGGCAUCACCGACCUCUGCCUGGUGCUGCCCAGCAAGGGUGAGGGCACUCCGCACACUUACUGCCGACUGCCCCGCAACCUCAACCCCGGCAUGUGGGGCCCGGCGGUGUACCUGUGCUACAAGGUGGGCCUGGCCAAGGCCAACACGCUGGUGUAUGAGGCAGAGCUGCUGGGCCGCUACCCGGAGGAGGACAACGAGGCGUUUCCGCUGCCUGAGUCCGUGCCCGUCUUCUGCCUGCCCAUGGGGGCCACCAUCGAGUGCUGGCCUGCCCAGACCAAGUACCCUGUGCCCGUCUUCUCCACCUUCGUGCUGACGGGCGCAGCGGGUAACAAGGUGUACGGCGCUGCCCUGCAGUUCUACGAGGCGUUCCCCCGGGCCAGGCUGUCGGAGCGGCAGUCGCGGGCGCUGGGCCUGCUGAGCGCCGUGGAGCGGGGCCGGGCGCUGGGGGGCCGGGCGGUGCGCAGCCGGCGCGCCAUCGCCGUGCUGUCCCGCUGGCCCGCCUUCCCCGCCUUCCGCGCCUUCCUCACCUUCCUCUACCGCUACUCCGUCUCCGGCCCCCACCGCCUGCCCCUCGAAGCGCACAUCUCCCACUUCAUUCACAGCGUCCCCUUCCCGUCCCCGCAGAGACCCCGCAUCCUGGUGCAGAUGUCUCCCCAUGACAACCUGCUCCUCUGCCAGCCUGUAUCCUCCCCCCUGCCCCUCAGCGGUGCCAGCUUCCUGCAGCUGCUGCAGAACCUGGGCCCCGAGCUGGCCGUCACGUUGCUGCUGGCCGUGCUCACGGAGCACAAACUGCUGGUCCACUCGCUGCGGCCGGACCUGCUCACCAGCGUCUGCGAGGCCCUCGUCUCUAUGAUCUUCCCGCUGCACUGGCAGUGCCCCUACAUCCCCGUGUGCCCGCUGGCGCUGGCUGAUGUGCUGAGCGCCCCCGUGCCCUUCAUCGUGGGCAUCCACUCCAGCUACUUUGACCUGCACGACCCCCCUCCUGACGUCAUCUGUGUGGAUCUGGACACCAACACGCUCUUCCAGACGGAGGAAAAGAAGCCCCUCACCCCUCGGGCCCUGCCCCGCAGGCCCUACAAGGUUCUGCUGGCCACACUGACCACCCUGUAUCAGCAGCUGGAUCAGACGUACACCGGGCCUGAGGAGGAGGCGUCCCUGGAGUUCCUGCUGACGGACUACGAGGCUGUGUGUGGCCGCCGGGACCGGCUGGAGCGCGAAGUCCAGGGCGCCUUCCUCCGCUUCAUGGCCUGUCUGCUCAAGGGCUACCGGGACUUCCUGCGCCCGCUCACCACGGCGCCCUCCGAGGGGGCACGCGACGUGGACAACCUGUUCUACCUGCAGGGUUUCCUCAAGUCCCGGGAGCGCUCCAGCCACAAGCUGUACUCGCAGCUGCUGCACACGCAGAUGUUCUCGCAGUUCAUCGAAGAGUGUUCCUUUGGCUCUGCUCGGCACGCUGCCCUUGAGUUCUUUGACUCUUGCGUGGAUAAGGUCCACCCGGAGCAGGAGAAGCCAGAGCCGACGCCCUUGGUGGAGCUGGAGGAGCUGUCGGGGAGCGAGCUCACGGUCUUCAUCACGCCUCCGGAGGAGCCCCCGGUGCCAGAGGGCAGCGAGCCCACUCCCCAGUACUGCUACGAUGGGUUUCCAGAGCUGCGGGCUGAGCUGUUUGAAUCUCCCCAGGAGCAAACCGGGGCUCUGCCUGUGCCUGGCCCGUCCUGUAGUGCCCCGAGCAGUCCUGCUCCUCGCCGCACCAAACAGGAGAUGAAGGUGGCGCAGCGGAUGGCGCAGAAGGCCGCGGCGGCGCCUGAGCUGUGGGCUCGGUGCCUGCUGGGGCACUGCUAUGGGCUCUGGUUCCUGUGCCUGCCCGCCUAUGUGCGCUCAGCACCCUCCCGGGUGCAGGCCCUGCACACGGCGUACCACGUGCUGCGCCAGAUGGAGAACCACAAGGUGGUGCUGCCCGAUGAGGUGUGUUACCGGGUGCUGAUGCAGCUGUGCUCGCACUACGGGCAGCCCGUGCUGUCCGUGCGGGUCCUGCUGGAGAUGCGGCAGGCGGGCAUCGUGCCCAACACCAUCACUUACGGCUACUACAACAAGGCUGUGCUGGAGAGCAAGUGGCCAUCUGGUACACCCGGUGGGCGCCUGCGCUGGGCCAAGCUUCGGAACCUUGUCCUGGGGGCUGCCCAGUUCCGCCAGCCCCUGAAGGAGCGGUGGCAGCAGCAGCAGCAGCAGCAGCAGCAGCAGGCAGCAGCACAAGAGGCGGGCAGCUCGCAGACAGAGCCCUGCCCGGAGCGGCCCUCCCCUUCCCGCCCGCUUCAGCGCCAGACGACUUGGGCUGGACGAAGCCUGAGGGACCCGGCCUCGCCCAAGGGGCGCCUGCUGAAGAGUGGCAGCCUGGGCAGCGCCCGAGAGGCACAGCCCACCGUGGAGGCUGGCGUGGCCCACAUGAUGGAGGCCUUGGGGGUGCUGGAGUCCCGGGCAUCACCUGUGCCCUGGCACGAUGGAAGCCUCUCAGACCUGAGCCUGACUGGGGAGGAGCUGGCAGCCGGAGGCAGCCCCGGGGACUCGGGCUCGGCCCUGAGCACCCAGUCCGCGGACGUCGUGGAAGGGCUGAGUGCGCGCGUGCCCAAGGCUGGUGGGCACCGGGAUGAGAGCAGCACCCCCCGGCGAGGGCUGGGUGCCCGCCUCCAGCAGCUGCUCACUCCUUCCCGCCGCCGCUCCUCCGUCUCUCGCAUUCCCCCGCCUGAGCUGCCCUCUGACCUGCCUCCCCCAGCCCACCGCAGCCCCAUGGACGGCCUUCUGCACCCCCGGGAGCGCCCCGGAUCCACUGCUUCCGAGAGCUCAGCCUCUCUGGGCAGUGAGUGGGACCUCUCAGAAACUUCUGUCAGCAGCCUGAGCCUUCGCCAUUCCUCAGAGCGCCUCACUGAGACCCCCGGGACCUCCCAGCCACCUUCCCUGGAAAUCCUGCUGUCCACCUGCUCCCUGUGCCGCGCCUGUGACUCGCUGGUGUACGACGAGGAGAUCAUGGCCGGCUGGGCCCCGGACGACUCCAACCUCAACACAACCUGCCCCUUCUGCGCGUGCCCCUUUGUACCCCUGCUCAGCGUCCAGACUGUGGACUCCCGGCCCAGCGCUCCCAGCCCCAAGCCCGCCCCUGCUGGUGCUGGUGGCAGCAAAGACGCUCCUGUGCCAGGGGGCCCCGGCCCUGUGCUCAGUGACCGCAGGCUCUGCCUUGCCCUGGAUGAGCCCCAGCUCUGCAACGGGCACGUGGGGGGUGCCUCCCAGCGAGUCGAGGGUGGGGCGUGGGCCUACCUGAGCCCCCUGGUGCUGCGCAAGGAGCUGGAGUCGCUGGUGGAGAACGAGGGCAGUGAGGUGCUGGCGCUGCCUGAGCUGCCGGCUGCCCACCCCAUCAUCUUCUGGAACCUCCUGUGGUAUUUCCAGCGGCUGCGCCUGCCCAGCAUUUUGCCAUGCCUGGUGCUUGCCUCCUGCAGUGGCCCCCCGCCCCCCCAGGCCCCGUCUCCGUGGCUAGUGCCUGACCCGGCAUCGGUGCAGGUGCGGCUGCUGUGGGAUGUUCUGACCCCUGACCCCAACAGCUGCCCCCCUCUCUACGUGCUCUGGAGAGUCCACAGCCAGAUCCCCCAGCGGGUGGCGUGGCCAGGCCCAGUACCUGCGUCCCUGAGCCUGGAUUUGCUGGAGUCGGUGCUGUGCCAUUUUGGUCACGAUGAGGUGCACAAGGCGAUAAGGCUCCUGCUGGAAACGUUAGGGCCCCCUCCCACAGGCCUGCACCUACAGAGGGGCAUCUACCGCGAGAUCUUAUUCCUGACAAUGGCUGCUUUGGGCAAGGACCAUGUGAAAAUAGUGAACUUCGACAAGAGGUACAAGUCUGCCUUUAACAAGCUGGCCAGCAGCAUGGGCAAGGAAGAGCUGAGGCAGCGGCGAGCACAGAUGCCCACCCCGAAGGCCAUUGACUGCCGGAAGUAUUUUGGAGCACUUCUGGAAUGCUAG